AUGGCUUUGCCGUUGACAUAUGUAGCGGCUACGGAUUCUGGAUCUAGAGAAACACCUUAUUGCCGCAAGCAAAAAUCGCUCGGGCUCUUAUGCUCCAAUUUCUUGAGCUUGUAUAAUCGUGAUGGAGUUGAGACAGUUGGGCUCGAUGAUGCAGCCUCGAAAUUGGGGGUGGAAAGGAGGCGGAUCUAUGACAUCGUGAAUGUUCUGGAAAGUGUUGGCAUUCUCUCGAGGAAGGCGAAAAAUCGAUAUACUUGGAAAGGGUUUGGGGCGAUCCCUAAGGCAUUAGAAACCCUAAAGAAAGAGGGCUUAAGGGAUAAUGGACCUGCAGGCGAUGCAAGUUGCUCCGAGAAAGUUUCAGAUGACGAUGAAGAUGAUAUGUCGGAUAUGAACAGUUUAAGUCAAAAGUCAGAUUCUAGUUCUGUUCAUAGAUGUGCCGUGGCACCUAAAGCUGGUGACAAUAGGAAGGAAAAAUCUCUUGGGCUUCUUACACAAAACUUUGUCAAGCUUUUCCUGUGUACUGAUAUGGAAAUGAUCUCUCUAGACGAUGCUGCAAAGCUCUUGCUUGGUGAUGGAAAACAUACAACAAUGACUACUAGAACAAAAGUUAGAAGGUUGUAUGAUAUUGCCAAUGUGUUAUCCUCCAUGAAAUUUAUUGAGAAGACUCAUCACCCAGAGACGAGAAAACCAGCAUUUAGAUGGUUAGGUUUGAAUGGAAAACCGGACAAUGGAAUUGCUAAUUCUAUGGUUUUUACCGAGUCUAAGAAGAGAGUCUUUGGGACUGAUCUCACUAAUGUUACUGCAAAGAGGUUCAAAUUGGAUGGAGGUGCUCAACAUGUCCUGAAGCCACACAAUCCAAUGCGAAUUAAGCAGGAGAUCGAAAGUGAGGAUGAAAGAACAAGAUUGUCUGGAAGGAAUUACCAAUAUGGCCCUUUUGCACCUGCCAUUGUGCCCAAGGCUGGAGGUUCUAGUGAUGAAAAGGAAAAACAUGUUGUUGAUUGGGAGAACCUGGCCUCUUCAUACCGCCCUCAGUAUCACAACCAAGCUUUAAAGGAUCUUUUUUCACAUUAUGUUGAAGCUUGGAAAUCCUGGUACUCUGAAGUUGCAGAGAAGAGCCCGUUACAACUGAUGUCCUAG